CCUCCUGGCAUUGUGUAAAUGGAAAGCAGCACAAAGCGGCAAAUUAUAGUUUGAAGACAAGAGUCGAUGCGGGAACACUGCACAAGUCUCCUGUGGAUGCUGUUGGACCCUGCACCAGUCCCCUGUGGAUGCUGUAAGACCCCUUCACUAGUCCCCUGUGGAUGCUGUAAGACCCCCUGCACGAGUCCCCUGUGGAUGCUGUAGGACCACUGCACCAGUCCCCUGUGGAUGCUGUAGGACCACUGCACCAGUCCCCUGUGGAUGCUGUUGGACCUCUGCACCAGUCCCCUGUGGAUGCUGUUGGACCCCUCCACCAGUCCUUUGUGGAUGCUGUUGGACCCCUCCACCAGUCCCCUGUGGAUGCUGUUGGACCUCUGCACCAGUCCCCUGUGGAUGCUGUAAGACCCUUGCACCAGUCCCCUGUGGAUGCUGAUCCCACAUUAUGGAGUCAUGAGAGAAGAAGACAUUAUCUUCAUGAGUUAUCCCUAUUUCCCCCAUGCUAGUUGCCCUUCAUCUUCAGAUUUCCCUUCUUUUCCUGUAAUAAACAUCACUUCUGUUCCUUCUCAUGAAAACACACCCAUUGUAACUAAACCUGACCCCUCCUCUAUGUCACCCCUAAAAUCUUCCUCUGUGGCCCCUCAGGACUGCCCUUCUUCAUCAGAACUUCCCUCUUCUAUGUCACUACUGAACUUCCCAUCCCAUACUGAAUGUUCUUCCUCUACACCUUUUUCUUCGAGAUCCCAAGAUUCGUGUUCACCUCAAUCACUUGAGAACCACUCAUCCAUACCUGAUUAUGCUGACUUUACAUUGGGAUUUAGAACUGUAAGUCUGAACCAAACUGAGUAUUCCCCUUCAUUAUCUUUAAAUGGCACCUCCACCUUUCAUACUUUGAGCCACUCUUUAUCUCAGGUGAAUUUCUGUUCUACAACAGACCCUCUCUCUUUUUCCUCUACAUCACCUUUGAAGUGCUCGUGUCAACCUGAAAGCUCGACUACAUCAUGUCAGAACCCUACUGCCAUACCCCAAAUGAUGUAUUCAUCUCUAUCAACUCAGAGCUGCAAAUCCAUAUCUAAAGAAACCCAAUCUGAGUGUUCUUCUAUGCCACAAAUUAAUGGAACCUCCGCGUCCAGAACCAUUGGCCAGUCUGUAUCACCUCUGGAUUUGUCUUCUUGCUACUUUACACCUCCAACAGAACACACCAGUGACUUCUCCCCUAUAUCCAUAUCUGAUAGCUCCAAAUUAUCUGUACAUGUUGGAUCCUCCACAUCAGUACUCAACUGCCAGCCAGCCAACCAGUAUGUUAAAUCCAUAUCUGAUGACUGUUCCCCUGUUGAUAUCCCCUGUGUCUGCACUUGUGAGUUUCCCACUGACUUCCCACCUGAGAUCUCCUCAUCUCACCUCACUUAUUGCCCAUGUUCUCCGCUCAAAAAUGACAAUCAUGUGUCUUCUAGUGUUGCCUAUUCAUCUCUUAAUCAUUUUGAAGCCUUCUGUCUUAGUCUACAUGAAACCCCAUGCAUUUUGCAGUCAAAGGACUAUUCAGAUCUAUCAAACAACAUCACUCCCAUUAAUGGUAUCAUUCCCCCUCACAUGAAUGCUACAACCGAUCCAAGGGGUACAUUUACCUCCACUAAAUGUAACAGCACAAACAUGGACCCUCUCAGUCCAUGGUCUACUCAGAGCUUUCAGUCUUUAACAUCUCCUGAGAUUGAUGUGGUUUCCACCAAUGAUCAGCUAUCCAAUGAUCAUCUACCUCUCAAUGGACAGUAUUUUCAUCCCUGCAGCUGCUCUCUUCCCAACUCUGUUGACUCUUUAAACAAAAGUAAAGUUCUGAAUUCUUCUUUUUCUACUAACACUCCUCCAACCCCAAACUUUAUUUGUCCUAACUCUACAAACCAGACUGUGUCCACCAGUACUCAUGAAAGACAUCCGAAAAUGCUCUCUAGCUGUCCUCAUAUCUUCCCCUCCGAAGAGACACCCAAGUAUCUUCCAUUUCCUGAAGAAGAGAACCAAGUCCAAGAAUGUGAAGUAUGCAAGGCAUCACUGGAAAAUAAAGUUCGCAUGGAUCAGGACAGACAACUGUGUGAAAACUUCCUAGACUCGCUCUCUCGUUUCGAGGAUUGGCUACAGAUUGCUCAGAUAACCACAUCUCAAGGAAACCCAUACAGGACAGUUCACCAAGAAGCUAAGCUGGCGUUGAGGAAGUAUGAGGUCCUACUGACAGACAUACGGGAGAAAUUAUUAGACCUGGAGUCUCUAAAUAGACAAUACUGGAGAGUCGCACAAACUGCUCAGCCAAUGCUGCUUCCAAGUGUCCUCCGGAGUAGGAUGCAGGAGGUCAACACAUUAUGGGACAGUCUACAGGGGGAGGCAGAGACAUUACACAGGACAUUGAAGUCUCGAGUCCAGCAGAGGGAAGAAUUUGAAACUGACCAGGAUGACAUGAAACUGUGCCUGACGGAGAUGGACCUAGAGUUAUCCAAUGUAGAGUAUAUCUAUGGAGGCAACUCCACAGAGAAAAUACAACAACUUAAGGCCUUCCAAGAAGAUGUUUGGAGCAACAUGAAAAGGGUGGAGGGUCUUCUAGAGCGAGGGGACCAACUGAUGGAUAACAGUGAUCCUCUGGACGCCGUAGACCUAGAGGUGGAGAUGACGGAGCUAGGGUCGUACUGCCAACAGAUAUAUAUUCGUCUCUCUCGUUUACAGAAGAGACUUGUGAGCACCAAACUGGUAUUUGAGGAUGACUUCCUAGAUGGUGCCAUAGAACAUCUGUCAUCGGGUUCUUCAGAUGUGUUUUUAGAUCUGGACCUUGAAGAUGGAGAAGUUUCAAGCCCAAUUAAUGAUCCGUCUACCAGUGAAGCCCUGCCGGUGGAUCUGGAGUGGGACCCAUUAGGUGAUGUUGGAAGAUCUAGUUCUCAUGAUGGACAAGAGUCUUUCUACACAGCCACCUCUGCACCCUGGAAGCUUCCCCAGACAAGUGAGGGAUCUCGAAGCAGUCUCAGCUCAUACUCUGGUAUUACUUAUUCCAAUAUGAGAAGACAACAAGUCAAGGAACCUCUGGACGAUAUUCAUACCAACCAUGCUCCACCAUUGGACAGUUGUCAUUUAGAGUGGACUGAAGAGCAGACUCAUGGGCAAAGAUGGAUGGAAACUACAUCAGCACGGCACAGCUCUCUGCUACACCUGGAGACAGGCAUGGCACAAGACAUUAAGACCUGUUCUGGUAAAUGUCCUACAGGCAUGAAAUUUUCCCUCUCCACAGAUCAGGCAGACUCUGAAUACAGGAUGGACAAUCAUUUUGCUCUCCAUGGAUAUUCCUGGAAUGCCGAGAGUCCGUUAAUUUCCCAUGUGGAGAUGACUGACAGUCGGUCACAACCAAACUGCUCUGGGCAGAGGAGACGUCCGCGAAAGAAGAAGAGGGCGGCAAAGAAUCAGGAUACAAAGGGGACCCUGAAGCCUACAAAGCCAGACGUGUCAAUUCUUAUGGAGAACGGGGAUGACUUAUCACAUCUGGACCUACAGGAAACCUCCUACAAACCUUCAUGUUCCCUUUGCGUCUGGAUUAGGCGUCUGGUCUUUGCCUCAAUCUUGUUCCUGGUCCUGGUUACCUCUUUUUUCUUCCCAUGGGAUCAUCAAACCUGCCCUUCCAAGAGCUUCUCUUGGUCUCUGAUGCUCACAUAUGUGAAUGGACCUCCACCAACAUAGAAUAGGAUUUACGUGGCAAAGGUGCCACCUGAGGAAACGUAUGGAACCAGCAAAUUACAUUCGAGAGUGGUCACCUGCUCUUAUGCUCCUGUAAGAGUAAAAUGUUGGUACGGAAGCCACUACUAUCUAUCCAGGUGUAGAUAUAUUCUAGUGUGUUUAUUGUAUUAUAGAUGCUUGUGAGCAAAUGUGGCCAGACGGGUUCACAAGAAUGUGUAAACAGGCUAAAAUGGCAUGUCCACUGCUACCAAGAAUGUUUCCCUAUCUGGAGGACCCAAUGUAAAACAGGUAGCUCAUUGAUUUUAUUGGGUAGCUUGUAAUGCUUCAUUCCUCCUGUGGGGGCACUGCUGAAGAAUUAAACACUUGCUGCUAGGUUACAGCUAAUCAUUUAGAGUCCCAGCUGCAGAGCACCAUAGGAUCGGCUUAUUUUUAGGGUACCCUUCUAACCAAAAGGGACUUUCCAAUGUGAGCCACCUAAUUAAGGGAUUCUUUAACAUAUUUGUUAACAGAAUAGUCAAUAGACAAGAUGCACUUUUUUGACUCAACAAUCAGAUGUGUCAUAAAAGUCAUGUGGACUGGAUGUUGGGACCCUUACAGAUCCUGAAGGAGAAGCUUGUACUACCAAACAACAGAGACACUGUUUUUGUGAUGGACCUGAACAAUCUUACUAAGAGUUUUUGGAGCUUCAGUUCAUGUCGGGUUCAUGUAGGGCCAACUGUCCAUCCUGGACCUAGGAAAUGACCAGCCGAUUCCCUGGAUUGUUGGGGAUCUGGCAGCAAUCAAAUUUAUCAGGUAUUAUAGAAAUGGGCAACUGUAUUAAAGGGGUUUUCCAUUUUGCAUCCAAAUCCUUUAAAAUAAUCAUGUAUGAAGGUAGCUGUAAUUCUGUAAUGUAUUUAUUUUACCUUUAUUGCGCUUCUGUACUGGGCUGUGGUCAC